AUGGCGGACCAAAACGAUGUGGACUUAGAUUCCAUCAUCGACCGCCUCCUCGAAGUUCGCGGCAGUCGGCCAGGAAAGCAAGUCCAGCUCCUCGAGACCGAGAUAAGAUACCUCUGCACCAAGGCUCGCGAGAUCUUCAUCUCCCAGCCAAUCCUCCUCGAAUUGGAGGCGCCGAUAAAGAUUUGCGGCGACAUUCACGGCCAGUACUACGACUUGCUGCGCCUCUUCGAAUACGGCGGCUUCCCACCAGAGGCCAACUACCUGUUCCUCGGCGACUACGUCGACCGUGGCAAGCAGUCGCUGGAGACCAUCUGCUUGCUCCUGGCCUACAAGAUCAAGUACCCCGAGAACUUCUUCAUUCUGCGCGGCAACCACGAGUGCGCCAGCAUCAACCGCAUCUACGGAUUCUACGAUGAGUGCAAGAGACGUUACAACAUCAAGCUGUGGAAGACCUUCACGGACUGCUUCAACUGCCUGCCCAUCGCAGCCAUCAUCGACGAGAAGAUCUUCACCAUGCACGGUGGCCUGAGCCCCGAUCUCAACUCCAUGGAGCAGAUCCGCCGUGUGAUGCGCCCAACGGACAUUCCUGACUGCGGCCUGCUUUGCGACCUGUUGUGGUCGGAUCCGGACAAGGACAUCACUGGCUGGUCUGAAAACGAUCGUGGCGUCUCAUUCACCUUCGGCCCAGACGUGGUCUCGCGCUUCCUCCAGAAGCACGACAUGGACCUCAUCUGCCGUGCGCAUCAAGUCGUGGAGGACGGAUACGAGUUCUUCUCGAAGCGUCAGCUCGUCACUCUCUUCUCAGCACCAAACUACUGCGGAGAGUUCGACAAUGCCGGCGCGAUGAUGAGCGUCGACGAGUCCCUGCUGUGCUCGUUCCAGAUCCUCAAGCCAGCGGAGAAGAAGCAGAACAGAUUCGGCAGGCGAUAA